AUGACUUUUCUUGUUGGAAAGCCGCUGACUAUGGCCAUUACGGCCACUGCUGGCAGUGGCUUCCUUCUUUUCGGUUAUGACCAAGGUGUCAUGUCAGGUCUCUUGUCGGGAGAUGCCUUCGUUCACACCUUUCCCGAGAUUGACACCACCACUGGUGGCAAUGGUAGCUCGACUUUGCAAGGAACUGUUGUCGCCAUCUAUGAGAUUGGUUGUUUCCUGGGUGCCAUUAUGGCCCUUGUUUGGGGUGAGAAGGUUGGACGUCGCAUGUGUAUCCUGGCUGGCUGUGUCAUCCUCUCAAUCGGUGCUGCCCUACAGGCCACUGCUUACGGUAUCCCCCAUAUGAUCGUGGGUCGAAUUGUGGCAGGUGUUGGAAACGGACUCAACACUAGUACUAUCCCGGUUUGGCAUUCCGAACUGAGUAAGCCUGAGAGCCGAGGAAAAGGGCUUGCUAUUGAAUUGUGUAUCAAUAUUUUCGGUGUUAUGACUGCGUACUGGGUCGACUAUGGUAUGAGCUACGUCAAGAACGACGCACAAUUUCGAUUCCCCCUUGCCCUUCAGAUUCUCUUCGCCAUCCUCACUUUCAUUGGCAUCCUUGCCUUGCCCGAGUCACCUCGUUGGCUUAUUGCCCACGGCCGAGAAAGCGAUGCCCGUCGUAUCAUUUGGUCUCUCCAACCCAAUGCCCACAGCAUCGGUGAGGACGAUGCAGUCGUUAACCAGGAUGUCGCCGAAAUCACACAAGCUAUUAGAGAGGAACAAUCCGCUACAGAAGAGAGCUCUUUCAUGAUGGUGUUCAAGAACGGUCCUCAGAAGUUUCUGUACCGGACACUGCUUGGUAUGGGCGGUCAGAUGAUGCAACAGUUAUCUGGUGUGAACCUGAUCACAUAUUACAAUACCGUUAUCUUCGAAAAGUCCGUCGGCAUGACGCACAACUUGGCGCUGUUGUUGGCAGGUUUCAAUGGUGUGGCGUACUUUGUGUCCACCUUGGUCCCUAUCUGGACUAUUGAUCGGCUCGGUCGACGGAAGCUGAUGCUUUUCGCUGUGGUUGGACAAGGCGCGUGCAUGGCUAUUCUGGCCGGCACAGUGGCGGAUGGUGGCCAUGCCGCAGGUCUGGUAGCCACCGUGAUGCUGUUCCUCUUCAACUUCUUCUUUGGAGUGGGAUUGCUUGCCAUUCCAUGGCUGUUGCCUGCGGAAUACUCCCCGUUGGCCACUCGUACCCGAUCAGCAGCAUUGGCGACGGCAACCAACUGGAUCUUCACCUUCUUGGUAGUGGAAAUCACUCCGGUCAGCAUUGACAACGUUGGGUAUCGCACGUAUAUCUACUUUGCCGUGUUCAACUUCUGCUUCAUCCCCCUGAUUUACUUCUUCUACCCUGAGACGCGCAACCUCACUCUGGAACAAAUCGACCACUUGUUCACUGGCGAGAAAGUGAAGCUUCACUGGCACCCAUCGAUGGGAACUGCCGGCGAUGCCGAGCGUCGUCUGGGAGAGAAGGACCCAGAACUUGCCGGUGUCCAACACGUUGAAUAG